AAUGCCUUAAAACUUUUGUAGUAGAUGCCGUGCACUCCGGUGCAGCUAGGUUAUUAAAUUAUCUAGCGUGACCCGCUAGAAACCGGGCAAGUAUUUGGUUUAAACGUGUUUAAUUUCAAUGCGGGUUGAAAUGUAGCUCGUUAGCGCUUUUGCUAUGAAGUGCUGUUACCGAAGAGCUUGUUCGGAUUGAUUUUUCAAACGAGCAGUUAAAUCCGAGCUCUUUUCAUUUUGUUAGUCAGAGGGAAGGAACUGAAGUGAAAAACAUGGGCUGUCCUCACAGCAAAACGAAUAAGUGCGCUGAAGUUCGCCAGAAAAAGAAAAAAAAACAAGCAAAGAACGAGACGCCUCUACAAAACAUCAACAGCUGUCACGAUGGAAGUGCAGGACUACAGGGUCUAAACACUCAGCUGGAAAAGUAUGAGCAGCAGCUGAAAGCCCUGCAAGCAGUACUGGCAGCUUCAGGAUAUGAAGAGCGCGAGCAGCUCCGGAAGGAUCAUCACUGCGGAGAUCUUUGCAUGCUAGUUCACAACAUCGCUGAGAAGGUGAAGGAUGAAACUGCUGCUGAGCUCACUGCCGUUCAUGAGAAGCAGAUGCAAAGUGCCACAGAACAGCACCAGAAAGACACAGAAGAGAUAAAGCGUGUCCACAGUGAAGAGAAGAAAGCCUUACAGGAAACACAAGUGGCAGCUGAACGUGCUCUGAAGGAACAAAUAGAGCAGCUGACGGCAGAGCUGAAGCUGUUCACCGAGCUGAAGCAGCGAGUAAAGGAGUGCACGCUGAACAGAGACCUUCAGAGAAACAUACAGACUCAUGGCAGCCCUGGUGAAUUCUGGGAGCAGGAGCAGGAGAGUCUGCUAAUUGUCAUAGAAAUGAAGAGCGAGCGCUUACAGGAGCAAGGGAGCAAACUGCGGCAGAUGGAGGACCUGGUUGAAAAGAAUCUGGCUCUAGAGGACCAGGCCCGGCAGGUUCUAUGCCAGAACGAGGAUCUCCGAGCUCGGAUGGACAACUACCAAACACUAAUUAAUCAACUGUCCAAGGAGCAAAAUGAACUGCAUGAGGCGCUGGAGAAGCAGUCAUUACAGAACCAAAAACUCAUUCAAGAGAAAGAAGAGCUGCUUUUUAAACUCAUCCACCGACGAGAUUCCUGUUCAUCCUUUCAUAUACAAGCCGGGGUUCCUGCAGAAGUUUCUUCUAGCUGACCUCACACACUGGACUCCGGUCACCAAAGCUUUACAUGGACAUAUUUAAAUAACCUGUGCCUCUCAGUUUAACCCUGCUGCUGGUUUUCUUUUAAUGAAUCAGUUCUUUUUUUUGUACCAGGUUUAUUGGGACUUGAAUUUAGUUUGUUGCUGAGUCUGCUUUUAAAGAUCAGUGUGUGGCUUUGAAAAAUACGAUUUUGUAUUUUAAUUUGGAUUUUAUUUUUAUUUUUAAUUGUAGUUCUACUGAUUAGUUCUAUUUUGGAAUAGCAGUGGAUCCAACAUAGCAUUUAUACUGGAGAGAUUUAUUUAGCUGUUAAUAAAUUCCAGUUUAAGGUUUUCCUUCUACACCUGAUCCAGCAGAUGAAGGGCUUGCUUAAUGAAUAGCUGAAUCAGAUAUGAUGAAAUAAUAGAAACCAUUAAACUGACCAGUGUGGUACUGUGCCCUCAAGUUUAGAACCCUUGAUUUUUAUAUGUUACUGUACUGGAAGUUUUAUUUCUAAUAGUGUGUGGUUGUAAAUAGCAUAAUGUACAGACUAUUCAAAACUGACUUACCAAAUGAUGCCUUCUUUUCUCUUCGAAGACAAUCUUCUUUUUUUCUCCUUAUUGCAUUAAAAGCACUUGUAAGUGUUGUCUAUAGCAAAAGGAUUUCUUUUCCUUUUCAGAUGCACUGGCACUUUUACAGCAGUAUUGUCAUUUGUAUAUAUUUGUAUAAGGAAAACUUUGGGCUUUUGUAAAAUAUUGGCACAUGCAUGAGCAAUGUUUGCAUGCUUAAACCUUUAACGUUCACAAGUGGCACUUCUGAGCAUGUGUUUUUUUUUUUUGUUUUUUUUUUUUGUUUUUUUUUUUAUGAAAUAUGACUUGUGUUUUUUGGAAUUUUGGCAAAUAUGGGAAUACCAGCUGGGAGAUGACUCCUGCUUAGCAUUUUGUUUUUGAACAAAUUAAUGUUUUUUUCUUUUUCUUUUUGUGAUCCAUUUAACUGCUUUGUUAUGUUUGUCCAUGUAGUAUGUUGUUUUUUUUAUUACUUAAAAGGACAAGCCCCAAUAAACGCUGUGUCCAUAGGAUGUGAAAUAUGUGUUUUGGACGGUCAUUGCAAAGUGGAGCUGUAAUCA